AUUCACCAUGAUAUUUCCGAAUACUGAAUAGAAUAUGCUAAGUAUACCAAAGAAUCAUUGUAAUAAUAAGACAAAAUAAAAUGUCAUCUCCUUUUGGGUAUAUACUACUACAACUACAACUUGUGUUUUCAUCAAGAUAAAGUCUAACAGAGGAAUUGGACGCAAUCAGUUCUAGAAAAACAUAGUGAUGUUUGAUAUGAAGAAAAAUGUUCCCCUCAGAAAUAAAAGGUCAGGAGGGAGCCAAAAAAAACAACAAAUUAUAAAGGUUUGUGGCGGAACAUGAGUGGUCUUAGAUCUCAAGUCGGAGUUACUUUGGACACUCACACAAAUGGAGUGUAAUAAUAACAUAUUCAGUAUAAUUUUAUAAAUAAAUUAGAUAGAAAAAGGACAAUGGCAUAUUCCCGCCAGUGAAAGAACAAAACCAACCGUUAUCAGAAAGCUUAACUGCUUCGUGAAACCUCCAAUUCCUUUCAUAUCCAAACUCCAAAUAUGGUUUGAAGUAAAGUAAUCGAACACUCAAUGUUUUUGUUGCAGGUAAAAAAAAAAGAUCUCUCAUUUUAUCUGUCAAGCAGACAUUAAUAUAAACUUCAGUUUUCAAUCACUCAUACGAAAACGUCAGGUGGUGAAGGAUCUUUAUUUGAGCAUGGAAACUGUGAAGAUCAAUUACAUUCUAAGAUGAUCAGGUCACAAGAUGAUAUCGGAUUCUCUUUUACCACAAAGGAGGAGUUGGAGUUUGUAAAUGAUUUUCGACAAAUCCUGAUCCUGGAGAAUCUGCUUCCUCCUAUGCAUGAUGAUAAUCUCAAAUUAUUAAGAUUUCUUAAAGCUAGAAAGUCUGAUAGAGAGAAGGCUAAGCUCAUGUGGACAAAUAUGCUUCAAUGGAGGAGAGAAUUUGGAACUGACAGUAUUAUCAAGGAUUUCAAUUUCCAUGAAAGGGAUGAGGUUCUACAAAACUACCCUCAGGGUUAUCAUGGCACAGAUAAGGAAGGAAGACCAGUUUAUAUUGAAAGAUUGGGACUAAUGAACGUUGAAAAACUUUUGGAAGUAACUACUCUGGAUCGUUAUGUUAAAUAUCAUGUCCAAGAAUUCGAGAAGUCUAUAGCCUUUCGGUUUCCUGCUUGCUCUGUAGCUGCAAAAAGACAUAUUAAUAGAGGUGUUACCAUCCUGGAUGUUGAAGGAGUGAGUUUGAGGAACUUCACGAAACCUGUACGAGAAGUCAUUUUGCAGCUGCAGAAGAUUGAUAAUGACUAUUAUCCUGAAACACUUGGUGAAAUGUUUGUUAUAAACACUGGACCAGGAUUUAGGCUGCUCUGCCAUAUACUCAAGCCUUUUCUUGACCCUGAAACGAUGUCUAAGAUUCAUGUACUUGGCAACAAUUAUCAAGGCAAACUGCUUGAAAUCAUUGAUGAAUGGGAGUUGCCAGAUUUUCUAGGUGGUAGGUGUACAUGUGAAAAUGAUGGUGGUUGUUUAAGGUCAGAUAAAGGGCCAUGGAGAACCCUCAAGGAGAUAUCAAUGGUGAAUAUGGAUUGUUCCUUACGUUUCUAGUAGUACGCUACCAACCAUUGCUAGCAGUGGUUGCUCAUCUACACCAUCUUAUAGUAUCUCAACUGAUUCUGAUCUUGGGAAGCAGAGUGUUUAGAGAAGACAAUGGUAACACCAAACACUACAAGGCAACUAAAACCAGCUACAGAUUGUAUGUAUAUUCCAUUUUCUUUUUCUUAUAAUGAAAACUUACGCUCUGUCUAUUUUUGAAAAUUUUAUGUCACAUAGCUCAUACUUUGUGAUCUAUCUAUGAAUUGGCAUAGACUAUCCUUAUCUAGAUAGAUGUCCCCAUGAGCGACUACGUCUGUAUAUGU